UGCUUACGCUCGCCCCAGGGUGCGCCUGCGAUGUCUGCGCAGAGGAAUAUGGCCCACAGCGUCUUCCUCACUCAAUUCCCUGUGGGCAUGUCCUCUGCGCCAGCUGCUGCCAAACCAUUGUCGAGAAGACGUCGCCGCGACUGUCCCCAGCAUGUCCGUUCUGCCGCGAGCCGUUCACGGCCGACUCGCCCCGCCUCAUCCGCAUGGACUUCACCACCUCCGGCUGGAGCACGCCGCGCCGCUUCCCCGCCGUGGAGACGUUCAACACGGACCUGCUGCAGCGCAAGACGGAGCGGCUGCUGAGCACCGAGGGCGGCUCGCGGGCCCGCAUCGAGGUCCGCCGGCUCGAAGACAAGGUCGCCCGCGUCGCCGCCAAAAAAUGUUCCGUCGAGGAGGUCUCCUCGCUCUACAAGGAACUCGAGGAGUGGCUGUUGGCAGAGAAGGAUGACCAAGCUUCGUCCCUCUUUCUCAGCGCCGCUCUCCUCCGCGCCAUCCUCAUGAACCACCUUGCGCACUCGGAGGCAUCCAAGGCCGCCAAGACCUCUGAAGCCAACCUCAAAAACAAAAUCGACGACCUCGAGUCUGGGAACUCAAAACUCGAAGCCGAAUUACGAAGGCAAGGAACCCAAUACGCCCAAAAAUCACAAGAGUGUCAACAACUGCGCACCGAGAUCAGCCAAUUGCGCGCACUGGCCACCACACUUGGAGGCAGCCCAUCCGAGAUCCAACCCUCCCGCUCACUCUCUCCGACCCCACACUCGACGCCCUCCUCGGCCUCGACCUCGCCAACGCCUUAUUCUUCCAGCAACUCCGCAACACCGAUCUCGCGGUUUAAUUCAAUGCACUCACACACGCGGUCGGCGUCGAUGAGCUCGCGUCCAACGACGCCCGCGACACCCUCGCCAACUCGGAGCCAUACGCCCGCACCUCCAUCGUCUGCACGCUCGCACACGCCUGCGCCGAGGAGUCACACUCCAGGCCCGACAAGUCCAGGCAGCAGUACGUCAGCGGUGCCCAGGAGCCACACACCUGCGCCUCCCAUGCCCAGCCUUGCGUCGCGUUCUGUUACUCCGUCGCUCCGUUCCUACACCCCCGGACCUUCCUCGCACCAUCAUAGCCAUUCUAUGCAGUACGCACACGCCCCGCCCGUUCCUUCCCUACCCCGAUUCUCUACGCCCGCACCUUCCCACAGCCACACCUCCUCUAUGCACCGCAUUCAAACACCCGCGCCGCUCGUACCUCCCAAACCACGGAGGCUGAGCACGCCCAGCCCCCCCAAGAUGGGUGUGCGGAGCACGUCGGAGGAGAAGGCGGAGGCGCACGAGCGAUGGAUCCCGCCGCAGAUGGUUUCUGGUGGCCACGGACACGGACAUGGAGGACAUCCGGUGGUCGACGAUAACGACUAUCCGUACGCGAGUGGCGGGAACAAGACGCCUGCUCCGCCCAGCACCCCCGUAAGGCCUGCGAGUCGGAUGGGAGGGAGCUUCACGGCGCGCUUGAGGAGCGUCAUGGGUUGAG